CCCGUGUAUCGAGUUCAUUGUGGGAGUCGGAUGGAGGCUGGUGGAAAGAGAGAGAGAGAGAGAUCAUAAUAGAGGGAUCUGCAGGUCGGGAUAUCUGUGUGUGCACUUUAACUUUAAUGUAAAUUGACACACAGGCAAUUUAUAGGGAAUAUACGAGGAACGAGUGCGGUGAGAUGGAGGAUGGGAAGCCGGUGUGGGCGCCUCACCCUACUGAUGGGUUCCAGUUGGGUACCAUUGUGGACAUUGGUGCUAACAGUCUGACCAUCGAACCCCUCAAGGAAAAGGGCAGGACGUUUCUCGCUACUGUCAACCAAGUGUUUCCAGCCGAGGACGAUGUCAGCAAACAUGUCGAGGACAACUGCUCGUUGAUGUACUUGAACGAGGCUACGCUUCUGAACAACGUGCGUGUGCGCUACAGUAAAGACAAAAUUUACACGUAUGUAGCCAACAUCCUAAUAGCGGUGAAUCCCUACUAUGACAUCCCCAAGCUCUAUUCACCCGAAACCAUCAAGCAGUACCAGGGCCGAUCUCUGGGGACGCUCCCGCCUCACGUCUAUGCCAUCGCGGAUAAAGCUUACCGUGACAUGAAGGUGCUGAAGAUGAGUCAGUCGAUCAUCGUCUCCGGCGAAUCAGGAGCCGGAAAAACCGAAAACACGAAGUUUGUACUUCGGUAUUUAACAACAUCGUACGGGACGGGUCAAGACAUCGACGAGAGGAUAGUCGAAGCGAAUCCUCUGUUGGAGGCUUUUGGGAACGCUAAAACAGUCCGCAACAACAACAGCAGCCGCUUUGGCAAGUUCGUGGAGAUUCAUUUUAACGGAAAGAACACGGUGGUCGGGGGGUUCGUGUCUCACUACCUGCUGGAGAAAUCACGUAUCUGCACACAGGGUCAGGAUGAGAGGAACUACCACGUCUUCUACAGGCUGUGUGCCGGAGCACCAGAGGACAUCCGUGAGCAAUUCCACCUGUCCUCACCGAACAGCUUUAGGUACCUAAACCGAGGAUGUACACGCUACUUCGCUACAAAGGACACGGACCAGAAAGUCUUGCAGAACCGCAAGAGCCCCGAGCACCUGAAGGCCGGCCCUCUGAAGGACCCAUUGCUGGAUGACCAUGGCGAUUUCAAACGUAUGGAAGUGGCCAUGAAAAAGAUCGGCCUGGGCGACGCUGAGAAGCUGGAUAUGUUCAGGGUGGUGGCUGGUGUCCUUCACCUCGGCAACAUCAACUUCGAGGAAGCGGGCAGCACUUCAGGUGGCUGUAACUUAAAGAAGCAGUCGAGUCAGGCUCUGCAGCACUGCGCUGAGCUGCUGGGGUUGGAUGAAGAAGAUCUACGAAUCAGUCUCACCUCCAGGGUGAUGCUCACAACAGCAGGAGGCGCUAAAGACACUUCUAUCAAGGUUCCUCUGAAGGUGGAGCAGGCGAAUAACGCCCGUGACGCUUUAGCCAAGGCCGUGUACAGCCGUCUGUUCGAUCACGUGGUCACCAGAGUCAAUCAGUGUUUCCCCUUUGACUCCUCGGCUAACUUCAUCGGCGUGCUGGACAUCGCCGGUUUCGAAUAUUUUGAGCACAACAGUUUCGAGCAGUUCUGCAUCAACUACUGUAAUGAGAAGCUGCAGCAGUUCUUCAAUGAGCGCAUCCUCAAAGAGGAGCAGGAGCUGUAUCAGAAAGAGGGCCUAGGAGUGAAUGAGGUGAAAUAUGUUGACAAUCAAGACUGUAUAGACCUGAUAGAGUCCAAACUUGUGGGCAUCUUGGACAUUUUGGAUGAAGAAAACCGUCUACCUCAGCCAAACGAUCAGCACUUUACUGACACCGUCCACAGCAAGCACAAAAACCACUUCCGCUUAAGUGUUCCCAGGAAAUCGAAGCUUGCAGUGCACAGGAACGUGAGGGAUGAUGAAGGGUUCAUCAUCAGACAUUUUGCCGGAGCUGUGUGCUAUGAGACGAGGAAGUUUGUGGAGAAGAACAACGACGCUCUGCACAUGUCCUUGGGGACCCUGAUUAGCGAGUCAAAGGACCAGUUCAUCCGCGAGCUCUUCGAGAACUCCAACAACUCCAAAGACGUGAAGCAGAAAGCGGGAAAGCUCAGCUUCAUCAGCGUGGGAAACAAAUUCAAGACCCAGCUGAACAUCCUGCUAGACAAGCUGCGCAGCACGGGCUCGGGGUUUAUCCGCUGUGUGAAGCCCAAUCUGAAGAUGGUGAGCCACCAGUUUGAAGGAGCGCAGAUCCUCUCACAGCUCCAGUGUUCAGGGAUGGUGUCAGUGCUGGACCUGAUGCAGGGGGGCUUCCCUUCCCGCGCUCCCUUCCACGAGCUCUACAACAUGUACAAGCAGUACAUGCCUCCUAAACUCUGCCGUCUGGACCCCCGACUCUUCUGCAAGGCUCUGUUCAAAGCUUUGGGCCUGAAUGAAAACGACUACAAGUUUGGACUGACUCGAGUUUUCUUCAGACCCGGAAAGUUUAAAGAGUUUGACCAGAUCAUGAAGUCGGAUCCAGAUCAUCUAGCUGAACUGGUGAAACGGGUCAACAAGUGGCUCAUCUGCAGCCGCUGGAAGAAGGUGCAGUGGUGUGCGCUGUCCGUCAUCAAACUGAAGAAUAAGAUGCUGUAUCGGGCCACUUCCUGCAUUAAGAUGCAGAAGACCGUACGCAUGUGGCUGUGCAAGAGGAAACACAAACCUCGCAUUGACGGCCUGGUGAAGCUACGCAGCCUGAAGAAGCGGAUUGGCAUGCUGAACGAUGCUGUGACCGGCCUCAAAGAGAGCAAACAGGAAAUGAGCAAACAGAUCCAGGACCUGGAUGCUUCCAUUGACAAACUCAUGCUCAAGAUUAAGAACACAGUGAUGAGCCGCAUAGACAUGGAUCACGAGUAUCAAGCGCUGGUGGCCCGCUCCGAGCGCCUCCUCAGUGCCAUGCAGAAACAGAAGCAGGAGGAAGAGGAGCGUGAGAGACUGCGCCACAUCCAGGAAGAGAUGGAGAAAGAGAAGAAGAGGAGGGAGGAAGAGGAGAAACUCCGCAAACAAGCAGAGGAGGACAGACGCCUGAAAGCAGAGAUGGAGCUGAAGAGGAAGCAGGAAGAAGAAGAAAGGAAAAAGAGGGAGGAAGAGGAGAGAAGACUGCAGGAGGAGAUGGAGCUGCAGCUCCAAGCCGAGCGAGAGGAACAGGCGGCCCGACAGACCAUACUGGAGCAGGAGAGGCGGGACCGAGAGCUGGCUUUACGAAUCGCUCAGAGUGAGGCGGAGCUUAUUCCUGAAGAUUCGGGAGAAAGCGGACUGCGCAGUAACGGCAGCAUCCCGUCAUCCCCCGAGAGAUCAACUGUUCCUGCACCGCAAAAACUCAAGGGCUUGACCAUGGAAGAAAUGGCCCAGGAAAUGUCCGAGCUUCUUGCUAGAGGUCGACAGACGCAAGCUACGAAGCCUCCGGCCAGCACCAAGAAGCACGAUCUCAGCAAGUGGAAGUAUGCAGAACUCCGAGACGCCAUCAACACUUCCUGCGAUAUCGAGCUGUUGGCUGCAUGCCGAGAGGAGUUCCACCGCAGGCUGAAGGUGUACCAUGCCUGGAAAUCGAAGAACAAGAAACGUAAUGCCGAGGCAGAGCAGCGGACUCCAAAAUCCCUCACGGACCACGGUUGUGCACAACGUGUGAUAAACACCUCCCAGACCUAUGUGGCUCCUCCAAUCCCGGCUAGGCAACACGAGAUCCUGGCGAACAGACAGCAGCGCUACUUCCGCAUUCCCUUCGUCCGUCCCGGCGAUCAGUACAAAGAUCCACAGAAUAAGAAGAAAGGGUGGUGGUACGCACACUUCGAUGGGCCGUGGAUCGCCAGGCAGAUGGAGCUGCACCCAGAGAAACAUCCCAUUCUGCUAGUAGCCGGCAAGGAUGACAUGGAGAUGUGCGAGCUGAAUUUAGAGGAGACGGGUCUGCCCCGUAAGCGUGGAGCGGAAAUCCUCGGCCGGCAGUUCGAGGAGAUCUGGGAGCGCUGCGGAGGAAUCCAGUAUCUGAGGAACGCUAUCGAGAACCGACAGGCACGGCCCACGUACGCCACGGCCAUGCUGCAGGACAUGCUCAAGUAGACACGCACAAUCACACACUCGGUCAGUCGACCGUUAAACCGUGAGAGUGCUGCAGAAACUGCUCGGGUAGCCACACACACACACACACACAAUAUCUCAACCCUUAAACCGUGACCAUACUUCAAGCACACACACUUGAGAAGCACACACACAAAACCAGCCAAGCGAUGGCUGUGCCAGAUCACAUUCAAGCGCACACACACACACACACACACACACACACACAGUCUAGGUAUAUAUUUUUAGUUUGAAGGGAAUAUUGCAGUUUCUCUAGUCAGAUUUUAGAUAGAAAUUCACCAAUGAACUCGUUUUUAUCGAUAGUUUGCCUUUCGCCUUCUAAAUUUUUUCCCCUUUUAAUUAAUUCCCUUUUCCUUAUUUUGUUCUCUUUAAAAUUUGUGUGAAAUUUACCGUGAAUUCUUUUUCUUUCUUUCUUUCUUUCUUUCUUUCUUUCUUUCUUUCUUUCUUUUUUUUCCUUGCACAUUUUUUUUUUUUCCCCUCAGUAAAUCCAUCACUGCAACUUCGAGGCCUUAAUAACUGCGACUGCCACAGCGAUUCGUUUAAAGACGCGUCCCAUGUGUACUAUUUUGUAUAUUAUCUGAUAAAUAUUCAUAAGCAAGUGUUAAUAAUUCAGUCAUUCCUGUAAGGAUAUAUUCCAUUUUUUGUAUAGUUAUCAAAGCUUCUUAAAAGACAUCUAACUUAAUUAAAAUAGUUUUUUGGUUUCACCAAAUGGCGGGCGAAAAAAAAAUUGCACACAGAUUUAAUAAUGAUAAUAGUCUUUUAUCAUGGGUUUGUUUCUUAAUUGUCGUCAUGGUAACCAUAGGAUUUUUUUUGUUUUGUUUUGUUUUUAGUUCACUGUUUACACAUGAAAGAAAAAAAAUAAAAAUAAAAACCAACCCUGGUCUGUAGUUCAGGUCUAAACUCUAAACGAUGCACUAUAUUUUUCUGAAGGAUUUUUUCUAGCAUUCCUUUAGCUGUACCUGAUGAUCUUCCAGCUCCAACUGAAUGUACAGAGAUUUUUACACACAAGUCCUUAAAGAACUAGAUCUCGGUUCCUCCAAUAACUCUAAUCGCACUCGUUCUGCUGAAGUCGUUCUUGAAGUUUUAUCGAUGCUCAAGAAGGAUUAACGUUAAUUUCCCAGGAAAAAUAAAAGAACUUAUAAUGAUGAUAAUGUCUAAAUUAUAUUUUGUUGUCGUCGUUAAGAAAUGAAGUGUAAUGAAAUUUAUGCAAUAUUUUAUGUGACUAAACCUAUUUGGGGGGUUUUUUGGACCAAAUAUGUAUUCUAGCAAAUAACUAAUGACUCUAAUGUCGGGGAGGGGAUACGACUUUUGUACUGAGCUAAACAUUAGCUGCUGUGUGCAUGAACCUCACAAACUGGAAUAAACUCCUCCAUAUUCUCCUCGUCUUGUUCACUUUUUUUUUUUUGUACUCGAUAAAUUCUCAAAUCUGAUUGGUCAGAAGGUAAUGAGUAACGGAGUUUUACGACAGAGGUAAGUCUUCAGGAUAGAGAUUAUUUUAAAUGGUAAUAAAAAUGAAGGAAAUUAGCUUGACCACAAGCUUUAAAUGUGAUAAUAUGCAGACAAAAAAUAUG